AUGUAUGUGGGAUGUCGUAAUGGCAUUGAGGUGAUUGAUUUAAGGACAUUCAAUAGGAGAGGACGGGGACGACGAUCGGCUCUGAAGAUAGAUAAUGAGCAAGAUCAAGGCGAAAUCAGUGCUAUUGAAUUGACUCCAUACGAAUGGCCUUACAAAGUAGUGUGCGGAACAAGUAAUGGUUUUUUACAAUACUAUGAUGUACGGAAUGGGAGGAAACUAACAUUAGACGUUGGAUACAUGUACGGGGGUAAGUAUGGUAUAGAGAUUAGUGAAGUACGGAUGUGUGGAGAGUAUUGCUACCUGAUGAUUGAGGAGGAAAGGGGAAGUAGCAAAGUAGUUGAGAUUAAUGCUGAGAGAGUAGGUAAUGAGAUAGUCAGGGAAUAUGACUGGGAGAAAAUGACAGAAGAGAAGCAGGAGAGGUAUAGGACACAAUUUGCAGUGAUUGAGGGAGGAAUCAUGGUGGGAAGCGGACUACCUGGGGGAGAAGUGGUGGUGAUGAAAAAUGGAGAGGAGAAGAAGAUAAGUUUUGGUAAGGAGGUAGUCAGUAGAAUCUCGUACAGGGGUGAAGUGGUUGUGGUGGGAGAUGAUACCGGGUGGGUUUAUCCAGGGGCCGCCGAGUGA